UUCUCUUUUUUCUCAGUGCUCAUGCCCCAUGUUGCUCUCAUAGCCCAGCGUGUUUCCCAGGUGCUGGUGGGCGAAGAAGGCCCGGGCCAUCUCGUUGAUGUGGUUGUAGGCCCCGAUGGAUUUGAAGUACUCAACGUAGUUCCAGAAGUCCGAGGUGGAAUACGGCCAGUAGGGGACGGCGGGUGGUUCGUCAUACGGCACUGAGAAGGUAUGAUGAUCGAUAGGGGAUCAAUACAGGGAAGUCACACUCACCUUUGACCUGGCUGAGUCGCUGGUGGGAGAAUCUGCGGGCGGGAAGGAGAAGCCAGACGUUAGAGGCGGCCACAGGUAACAGAUUUUUGCUCGGGACGUCCCGCAUGCUGAUGCUUCCACUCUAAAGAGCGUAGAGCUCAGAGGCUGAGUGUGCUGCUGCUGCAGAGAGCUUGGACCGCUAGACGCACCCACCCACUGGCCACACACAACUCUGAGAUCUGUGAUGAGGUGGCGACUUGUCCAGGGUGUACACCGCCUUCUGCCCGAUUGUAGCUGAGAUAGGCACCAGCGCCCCCCACGACCCCAAAGGGAAUAAGCGGACAACAUGGGUUUGCUAAGUGCAAGCCACCUUGCUCUAAGAGCAGUCCGAUGCAGCUUGGGUCUGGCUCCCAAACCAAAGUCAUGGCUUUCCACUGCGGCUGGAUAUCUGGGAGAGAAGAACAUCCUACUGAUGGGCCCACCUGGAGCAGGGAAGACCACAGUGGGGAGGAUAGUAGCCUGCAGACUUGGACUUCCUGCUUUUGAUGUAGAUGAUGAUGUCUUGGAGACAACAUGGAAGAUGCCCGUCGCGUCCAAGCUGGCUGCAGUCGGCGGAGAGCGAUUCCUGCAGGAAGAAGGCCAGGCGUUGUGUAACUUCUCAGCUUCUGGAUGUGUGGUUUCCCUCACAGGCUCCAACCCUCUUCAUCCUGAGGCCAUGCAGCACGUGAAAGGAAGCGGUGUGGUCAUCUACCUGGAUGUGGACAGCGAGGAGAUCCUGCAGCGAUUGCAUAUAAUGAAAGUAGACAGGAUAGUGGGCCAGGAGGCGGGGCUUUCCAUUGGGGACAUUCUGAGCUACAGGAAGCAGUUCUAUGAGAAAUGGUUGGACAUGCGGGUGCUGUGUGGCCGGGGGGACACGGCGGAGGAAGUCGCGGAGAAGGUGCUGCAGGCUGUGGAGAGAUACCACAACACUGCCUCGGAGACCUACGUGUCCACCAGGAGUGACGGCGAGAGGUCGUCCAGUGAGACAACACACUUCAGUGACGUGGUGGUGGAGGGUCUGGCCUCAGAUGGCGGUCUCUACGUACCCAAGAAUGGCUUUCCAAAAAUGGGCGCUCGUGAGUGGUUGAGACUGGUUGACAUGACUUAUCAAGAGCAAGCACUGGUGCUACUUGAGAAGUGCAUCCACCCGUUGGAUGUCUCGGCUUUGGAUCUGAGAGAAAUGAUCUACAAGGCAUACGCGUCCAACUUUUCCAGUGAGGAGGUUGCACCUGUGAAGCACCUGAUCCACAAUACGUACAUCCAAGAGCUAUUCCACGGCCCCACCGCUUCAUUCAAAGACCUGGCCUUGCAGCUCAUGCCCCAACUCUUCGCCCACUGUCUCCCGCCCAUGUGCAACUAUCUCAUCCUGGUCGCCACGUCCGGCGACACAGGAAGCGCCGUGCUCAGCGGCUUUGGCGGCCUGCGCGGCGCAGAAAGACGCCGGACGGGAGUGCUGGUCUUCUUCCCCGAGGAGGGCGUGAGCGAGAUCCAGAAGCUGCAGAUGACGAGCUCCAACCAGAGCAACGCCAAGGCGGUCAGCGUGCGCUGUGACUUUGAUUUCUGCCAGAGAAGCAUCAAGAGGAUGUUUGGCGAGUCCGGUCUGACCGGGCACCUCGCUGUGGAGUACGCUACAGUUCUCAGCACCGCCAACUCCAUCAACUGGGCACGUUUAUUACCACAGGUGGUUUACCAUUCUACUGCCUACCUAAACUUGUGCCGGGAUGGCGUGAUCUGUUUCGGAGAGCCUGUGGACGUUUGCAUCCCAACAGGCAACUUUGGGAACGCCAUGUCAGCCGUGUACGCCAGGGAAAUGGGGAUCCCCAUAAGAAAAGUCCUAUGUGCUUCCAACCACAACCGCGUGGUCUCAGACUUUAUCAACACGGGCGACUACGAUCUCCGGGACCGCCGUUUGACCCCGAGCCACUCCCCGGCUAUAGACAUCCUGAAGUCCUCCAACCUGGAGAGGUUCAUCUAUCACGUCUCAAACGGCGACGGCCGACUCGUCAAAGACUUGUUCACACGCCUAGACAGACAGCAGCACUUUCGACUUCCUGGCCCACUUCUUGGCAGGAUUCAGCAGGAAGUGCAGGCCGGCUGGUGCUCUGAAGCGGACUGCCUGGCCGCCAUCCAGAGCGUGCACGCGCAGGCCGGCUACAUCAUGGACACGCACACUGCCGUGGCGAAAGUUGUGGCCGACAGGCUGCAGGACGCCACGUGUCCCGUGGUGAUUUGUUCCACCGCCCACUACGGGAAAUUUGCGCCCGCUGUGUUCAAAGCUCUGCAAAUGGAGAAUAUGCCACAGGGUCCUUUGGAGCAGCUGGAAAUGCUGCGGCGGACCGCGGCCAUACCAGUAACGCACAGGGACAUCAUGGCAUGCGUCAGAGGAGGAUACAGACAGGGACACCCGGUUUGUGAAGCAGACUAUAGCGCGUUGGUAGAAGAAGUGGAGAACAUGAUACAAGACUCCUUCCUCAAAGUUAUGUAGACAUGGUAUGAUGGUUUGUAACAAAAAAAGAUCCAAAUGAUUAAUAAUAAUGCUGUGUUAUAAUGAGCUCAUUGUUUUUUUUUUUGAUAAACCUCAUUUUUGUUUUAUGUGGAUUGUUGUCACAGAGUAGCAAAGGUCCACUAGAUGGAGAUAUCUCCUGCAAGGAAAAGAGGUAUGGUGCCGGCUAUUUUUGAUAUUCCCUGUAAACUUGCAUUUUUUUAGUAUAAUCAUACAAUGCAGUUGACGAAAACGGAAAUAACCAUGAGGGUUAAAGGCUGACUUUUUUGUCUUUCUAGUUAGGGCUGGGCGAUAUGGCCUUUUUUUAAUAUCUCGAUAUUUUUAGGCCAUGUCACGAUACACGAUAUAUAUCUCGAUAUAUUGCCUUAGCCUUGAAUUAAAACUUGAUGCAUAUAAUCA